AUGGCGAAACAGACCUAUAUGGGCCUUCGUGGUGAAAGGCUAAUAAUAGCCAUGAUCACCACGGAGGUAUUUCCUGCCUACUUCCUACUGGGAUACAACAACUCAGUUAUGGGAGGUCUUCUCAGUCUAGAGUCAUUCGCGACUCAGUUCCCUCAAGCCGACACCCUCAACACCUCGGGCAAACAAAUUGCCCAUAAUUCACUUGGUUGCAUGAUUGGGGCUCUUUGCUGCUACAAAAUUGGAGACAGGUUUGGUCGCUUGCGAAUCAUUGCCGCAGGAGCAAUCCUCUCCAUUAUUGGAUCAAUUCUUCUUUCCUCGAGCUUUUCUCUUGCCCAAUUCAUCGUUGGGCGUGUCAUUUUGGGCUGUGGCAUGGGCUUCAUGUCAGCAACAGUCCCUGUUUGGCAAGCCGAAUCCUCUCCCGCCGAGCGAAGGGGUGCGUUGAUGGUCCUAGAAGGAGCUUUUGUCACUGUUGGACUGUUUGUGUCUCAGUUUGUAGAUCUCGGGUUAUUUUUUGCUCAGGGAUCUGUCUCUUGGAGGUUUCCCCUAGCCCUUCCUAUCGUCCCACUGAUUAUGAUCCUGGGAUGUCUGCCCUUCUUCCCAGAUUCCCCGCGCUGGCUGGUAAAAGUCGGCCGCAUUGAGGAGGCACGGAAUUUACUGGCGGUUUUAGCGGAUGUUGAUAUCUCAUCGCCAGUGAUUGAAGAGGAUAUCUACAAGAUUCGACGCUCGCUCGACGUAAUGAGCCAGGGAAAAUUCGCUGAUCUCCUUCGUAAUGGAGACGACCGCCUACUCAACCGUACACUUUUGGCUCUUUUUAGCACUUUCUCUCAACAAGUCAAUGGCAUCGGGGUUGUUGGCUCUUAUACAGCGGAUAUCUUUAUCCAGUUCAUCGGCUUGAGUGCUAUCCAAGCCCGUAUUCUCUCGGGUUCACUAUACGUGUGGCAGUUGCUUUGCUGCUCCGUGACGUUCCACGCUAUUGAUCGAAUGGGACGCCGAGCUUUGAUGAUUAUAGGGGUCUCUGGAAUCGGAACAAUGACAGCUAUACUUGCUGGGAUGGUCUCCAACCCAGAUAACAAGGCAUGUUCGAUUAUUGCCACCAUCGCUGUCUUCCUGCUAGCAACUUUCUUUGGGGUUGGUGCGCUGGGAGUUAAUUAUCUAUAUGGUACUGAAGUUGCUCCGCUGGCAUAUCGAGCUCCUGUUUAUGCCUUAUCGACUACGACCUUGUGGAGCUUUAAUUUUUUGGUAGUUGAAGUUAUAUACUUCUUUCUGCCUGAAACGCGCAAAAUCUCGUUGGAAGAUGUUGAUGCUAUCUUUCGAAAUGCCAAAGACCCAUUUGAGGUGGUAAGGAUUGCCCGAUCAAUGUCUUCGACCUAUACAGGCACGUCGCAUGCCGAGAACUACGAGAUAAGCGUGGAAAAUGGACCAAAAAAUCCAGAAGAUGGUUGA